AUGCCGAUCUUUCAGUUACCAGAAAUUGUGCAACCAAGUUCCAAAGAUCCCAUUCACCAGCAUUUGGACCUAGUAUGUCCCUUACGGAAGCAGGGACUCAGACUUGACUUGAUUCAGACGCUGCCUCAUCAUGUGGGCACAGGGAUUUCACAAGCAGCCAAGCUUUCCAGAAUCUUUCCCUCUGCUGGUGAUAUUGGUCAACAAUCUUCACUGCACCAGUGCCCCACACUUCUGACCAUCAAAAAUUCAAGCAAGAUGAGUCCAUUAUAUUUACACUACUACUUCUGUGCUGCCAUUGCCACUAAUUCUCCUGGAGGAUUCUAUGCUGCUAUGCCGAGACUUAUUUGUCAUGUCAAAUAUUUCAUAGGUGGACAGGAUGGAAACAUUCUUAUCAGCAAGGGAGGAAGGCUCCAACCCACAGAGUUCAUCAUCCGCAGCAUGUUUGAGAUCAGUCACAAUGAUUUCAAUUUCACCCUGGAUGUAAAUUUCAAUCCUUCAAAUAUAUUUCAUGAAGAUUUCCCAGAUGUCCUCAACAAUCUUGCUCAUUUUGAGGGAUCGAUUCUGAGGGCAAGAGGAUAUGAGAAGCUUAGUGUUAUCCAUAAUUCACUUGGUCAGAGAUUGAUCAAAUUGAUGCACAGUCUCUUUGAAGUUGUAGUCAAUAAAGAACAUCCUGAGCGAGAUACUGCUAGCGAAGUUGAUGCCGACGACAACUACUCAACAGACUCGGAUGGCCUAAGCUCCGACUUCAACAUUACCACUUGGCCAGUGGCUGACCAAUGCAAAGGUCACUGGCAGGGCCUCACUUCGACACAUAUAAUUUGUCCCUUGCCAGCAUAUGAUUUGGAUCAUAACCUCAUCCUGCUGUCUGAGUAUGAGUCAAAGCUAAAGGGAGCACUUGUUGAAGUGUACAUGGCAUUUUGCCAUCAUCAGGUCAAAAGCACAAAGUGUGACAUUUUCAGUGCUGUUUUACGAGAACUUACUAUCCUAUCACCCCCUGCUGCCAUGCCAAGCAGUCCCUUCAAACAUCGCCAUCUCGCUGCCAGCCCUCUGACUAUAUCUUGA